AUGUCGUUGGUGUUGGCAUCGCUGUUUAGCUUGCCCAUCUCGCAUAAAUCUAAUUCAUUUACUUUUAAAAACAAGGCAGGAACAUGUGCAUCCGAUUCUCUGUCAUACACUCCCUUGGCAGUCGUUCGUACAGAAUCCUUGUUUUGCUUGGCCAUCGACUCUAUUCUUUAUCUUGUGUCCAUCAAUCAUAAACAAUUAUCAGCUCAGGUCGAAUUAGAUUGUAGGAUUGACUGUCUUGGUGUGCAUUCCUCUCGUCAGAUCGCUGUUGUUGGAGAUAUUCUUGGUUCUAUUCAUUUUGUUCAUCUUCUCUCGGGUCAGGUGUUUUAUUCUCAGGCGUUGGUCAAUCCCACUACGCUACAGCAAUCCAAUCUGGAAAAUCAACAUGUGUUUGCUUGUCUAGAUCUGAUAUCUAACGAAAAUACAGAUGAAGUGGUUGUUUCUUUGACAUCUGGAACUCUCAUGAGACUUUCUGGAAUCGAUUUUGCACUUGUUGAACAGUACUUGCUUGAUGGCAACUUGGAAACUAUUUCAUCUACUAUUCAACAACAUGUCAAGGUGCAAACAAUCAAGAUUUCUGGAGAGUUGAUGGAUUCAUUAAACUACGUUUUAGUGUCCAAUCAGUUUAUAUACGCUUGUGGAUCUGGUUCUGCACCAUUGACCAUAUGGACAAAACACCCUUCCAUUCCAACAGCAUGUAUCGACUCUGUUAAACGUGUUUUAAAUGGAUCAACUCUGAUUUUUGCUGAGCUCGAAUCUACAUCUGGAUACAUUGCUACACUGGAUACUACUGACCAGCUAACUUUAUUUGACUCAAAAGUUUGGGUUGCCAUAGGUCGUACACGCAUCUCCAACGUUGUAGAUAUGUAUUUUACUAUCAAUCCACUUGAGGAUAUCAAAACUGUGCUUGUAGUCGUUUGUACUGAUCAGCAGGAAACUCGGUUGAUACUGCUUGAUAUACCUACACUUGACACAAUUCAAAAAUGCAAUCUUCCAUCAACUUCAAAGCUGGUUAGACCGAGUUGUUCUGGCCAAAAAGUUGAUACUUUAGAGUUGAUAUAUGUGAACUAUCCCAUUGAUUUAACAAGCGAUUAUAUCACACUGGAUAUUCAAAUUGCUAAGCUUUCUCCUACAACAUCACUUCAAAAGGUCAAGGAAUUGAUUUUUUCUGGCCAGCUUGACAAGGCAGAAGAUAUGGCACAGGCUAAUCAUUUGGAUAUUCAGAGUCUAUAUAAACUACAUAUUGAAUCACUAUUGGCUGAAAUGACAAGUGGAUCUUCAAAAACAGAUCUUGUUUCCGAUGCUUUGUUGAUUAUGAAUCAUAUCGAGGAUGAUUUUUUUAUUGUCAACCAUUGUCUUGAAGCAAAAGCACGGUCACUUGAUGAUGUGCAGCAUUUUAUAGAGUUUUGUCGCAGCAGACUUGAAAAAAGUAUGCUCAAUUUAGAAUCAUCAGAAAAAUUAAGCUCUCUUGCAGCUUAUGUUGAGCAAAUCACAAAGCGACUGGCGACAUACAUUUAUUUGCACGAGUUUGAUUUUGCUCAAUGGAUAGAAUUUAAACAGCGGCCGAUUUCUGAACUCAUACGAGAUGCAAUUGCUGUAGGAGACUGCUCAAAAGCACUCACGAUUUGGAACCGUCACAGUACUGAUCCAACGCUAUGUGAAAGCAUUGCUACAAUUUUUCAAGAUUUACCUGUAAACAUGACUGUUUCAAACAUAAUUGUGCUGGUUCAAGAAUUCGAAAGACAUAUUACUACUACAGCUGAACGGAACCUUUUGAACCAAUGGAUAGUGGAUCGGGCAAGACAGAUUGAAGGUCAAACUGAACGUCCGCAUGAUGCAUUAAAGUUUUUGAUAUCUCUUCAACAGCCGAAUGCACAACUUCACCGGAUCAAAUACAGUACUACCGAGUGUUCACCGUGGAGAUAUGUCAAAUCUAUGCUUCAUGACACUCAAAACAACUCUGAUAUCGAGCCUCAUUCUAGUCUUCUUGAAUUCCUUCAGCUACUUUCUAAUUUAAAAGAUCUUGCAAGUUUAUGGGCAAGUACAGACAUUAAUUUAUCAUUUUGGAAUGAUGAUCACAACAUGCCGAUAUCACUAUCUGUUUAUGAAAAAGAACAACCAAUGAGCAUCGCCAUGUCUUUGGUGGAUCGUGUUGCCGCUCCUGAGCUGAUCCCAUCUGCUAUUGAAAAGCACAUCAAACCAUAUCUUGCACGCCACGAUGAUAUCACAGUCAAGGUGUUUCUUUCAGAGUAUUGCACCACACUUAUGGACUCAUCUAUUGGUCAAGAACAGUCAUUUCAAACCUGGGAACCAAGAGUAUUGGCAAUUGUUCCAUUAAUAGGCGAUUCGAGUAUUGAAAACGAUAUUAUUUUGGAAAUCAUGCGACGUACAGGCGAGUAUUUAUCUCGGAUUGUGAAACUGGCAUAUCCGCUAUCAGACGACAUAGUUUAUCAUCCAUUGAACCAUCUAACAUAUUGUUUGGUAAUACAGAGACUCAAGGACACCAUGGUUCACAAUCAUCGCGAUAUUGUAGAGCAAUUUCGACUGAUCCAACUAAAGAGAAUGAUGCUCAAAUAUGAUAUUACUGUAUUUAAUAUUGCCAAUAUGAGUUUAGCCAAACGUCUUUUAAGACAUAUCUGCAAGCAAACUGAUCAGAUCUCUGCUGUGGGCGAUGCACUGCAAGUAGUCAAGGCAUAUCACAAUCUUACAAAAAUGGAUGCAUAUUUAAUGAGAGCGCGAUUCCUUGUUGCUGAAAACUUAUUUGAAAGAUGCGAGCUAUUGUUAUCUGUUGGAAGCGAAACUGCGGACACUGAAAUCACACAAGACAAGGAGGCGCUUGAUGAUGAAAGUGAUCAGCGACUUUCGUCGGCUGACCGAGCUUCACUUGUGACUCAAUUACUUGGCUGGAUUUUGAUCAAGCUAGACUAUGCCAUAUCCCAACAAAAUGAAUCGACUUUUACUACCAUGCUGCAGGCUGGUAUAAUGAUACACGGUAUAUUGACGCAACAUCAUAUUUUUAUCCAUGACUUGCCCAGUGGCUUUGAUUUUCGACGUGCUCAAAACCUCUAUCGUGACUAUAAACAAAUGAUCCACCCAAAAUGCAUCAUGGAUCCUUUAUUUGUUCAAACACUUCUUCAAGAGCAUAUUCAAUUACAGUCAUUUACGGACGGAUCAGCUGCAUUUGUAGAUAUCUAUACAUAUGCCGAUGCUCUUGGGAUUGAUCGUCACGACACGCUUUGCCGAUUGGCCAUUCUUUUGACACAAGCCGAUCAAUUAGACCUUGCAAUGCUUCUAUGCAACGAACUCAACGAUAUUUAUCCUGGCUCAAAAACUGCUACGACAUUUGCGACAUGUUGUAAACUUAUUCUGAACAACAAUUACUUGCUGCAGUUUGAUAAAGGGUCGGAGCAUAUUUUUAAACUGGCAAAACUGCUGGUUCAAUUGGGACGUUUGGCUAUAGCAAACAGUGAUUCAUCUGAUUUGUCCAAGCACUUGGAUUUGUUUAAAGAUUUGGACUUGCUGUAUCAUAUUGUUUUGCAGGGAGAUAUGGGUGCCUAUCGUGCCUCACUGACCAAACGACGCCGAAUCGGACCAACGGAUGGUUUGGAGCAGUCAACUAGCAAUUAUUCUAGAGGGAGUGGCUCUAGAUCCGAUUAUGAAUCAAACCAUGCCAGAAUUAUACCCGUUGCACAUGAUCCAGUACCAUAUCAAGACGAACGGUUUGGUUCAAGAAUUUUUCAUUCGUUCUAUCAUGAAACAGGACUUGUUUUGAAUGCUCAAACAGCUCUUGAGCACGCAGUCAUAUUUGUUCAAUCCACUAUUUCAAUGAACGAAGCACUUGCACGAGAAAUCAACGAUCCUUUUGCCGAUCAUGUCGAGAUGGUUGGAAAAGGGAAGCGCGCGAAUGAUCAAAUUCCUGAUCGACAGCUUGCUCACACGCACGGUCACCAACUGGUAGAUAUUUGUCUACAGCAUCGGCAAUAUCAACUUGCAAUUCGAUUAUCCCAACGUCUUAUUGAGCUUUCUUACUCUCCACUUUCACAAUCCAUGGCAUCAUCAAAUCAAGCUACUACUGCAGCAGCAGAAUAUAUACUCCAAACGGAACACGCUCUCAAAAAUCUAGCAACCCAAAUGCUUAGUGCCAAAGUCAUUGAUAAACACUAUACUUUGGCUUGCUUGCUCAGUCUGCCAACCAAAAUUGCAUUUGACUCGUUCAAAAGUGGAAUGGCGACCACAGGGAAAGAUUUUGGACGAUUAGAAAGAGUAGCUAAAGUGGGUGCCAUGGCUGGAUUAGUAUGGUCUCAGCAUGAUUUCCAAGCAAAUUGUCAACGAUUGGCUGUGCAUGCUGGAUGGUGGCAAGAAUUGCAGGUAUUGGAAAUCCCGUUUGAUCAAGCAAAAUACCAAGCAAGUGUCAAUGGUGAUUAUCAGCGAGAGCUGAUACCACAUAUUUUGCAGAAAACUGAUGGGGAUCUUGAAACAACACUUGCAUUUUCUCAAUACUACCACAUUGAAGACAUUCGAUUUAUUAACGAGCAGAUAUUGAGAAUCGAUGCAAAUCAAGGACAGGCGAAAAAUGCCAUACUUGUGCUAGAUAUUCUCAAAUCCUAUACGCGAAUUGUUCCGCCUACUUUUGACGAGCUACUUUCCUGCUACAAUGCAACUACUUUGUCAACUUCCAGAUCCACAGUACCUCCAGAUAUUUCAAUUCUCAAAAAGAAAUUUUCCAGUAGCUACAAGCGACUUCCAUUUCAUAUGCUUAUCAAGGAUCCAUGGACUGUUCUUGCACCUGAGAUUUGCGACGUGUCGCUUGCACGAUUAGUUCCAGUGUGUUAUGUUUUAGAUCUUGAUCCAGAUAAACUUCAUCUCACGCUCAUUUCAAGCAAGAUUGCGCUGUUGAAAUCACUUUCUUCUAGUGACCAAGACACGGUAUCUGUAUUAGGAAUCAAGUGUGCCGAUUUCCGAUCUCUUGUAAGCAAAAUUAGAGACAGCGAACAAGCCGUCACUACAGCUGUUCUUGUGGGUGGAAGCUAUCCAUGUGGCACAGAUCGAAUUGCAAUGUAUAAGCUUGCCAUACAUUUGGCUGAGCGAUGGUUGCUUGCAACAAAAUCUGAUUCUUCUGCCGAGGAAACUACCAACAAAGUAGAAGUGACGAUUGCUCGACUCAAAAAAAUGGCAGUGCAAGCUGAGACCGAAGUCCAAUUGAGAACAAAUAAGCUUACCGAAUUUCUAUCCAUGGCACACUCGCCACUUGAUCUCUGUGUUGCGUUGUAUAAACAUGGAGCUACAAUGUCUGCUGCUCCUAAAUGUGAUAUCCAUGACGUGAUUGAAAAAAUUGCCAAACGAUCCUUGCUUAAAUUGGAUGAUAUUCAAAUGCUUGUUUUAAUGCGUUUGGUCAAGUUGGAAGUGCCUGAAGAAGAUAAAGAACAGGAGCAAGAUUUACAAAACCAAAUACACUAUUUAUUUGAGCGCAACAGUCAACUUGGGUCUCAGUUGUUACUUCGUUUGGCAUAUCAGUCUAGUACUAAAGUAGACACGUGGAUGCGAGUGCGAGCAUUAUCGGCUUUAAUACGACUAACCAAACAGUCAGAUAUGGAAGAAAUGUCCAAAAAGGGAGUAUGGCAUUACAUGCAAAUGACCAUGUAUCUCAAGGAAUUUCAAGAUCUGAAUAUUGUGCAAUCACUUCAAGAUUUUGAUCAAUGCAAUAAGGGUGCGUUUGUGCAAUCUCUUUGGCUUAGUCAUCGAAACAGCGUCAAAGGUCUUCGACUCAUUUGCAAAAUAUGUAUCGAUUACAUGAUUAUGGACGGAGAACUACUUUACAAUGUUUUUUUGCAAUUAGAGCAACACCAGGACCAUGCGUUUGUGUUGAAUAUGCUAGAGACACUUGUGCAAAUCCCUUCGAUUGCCAUUCUGGGGUGGGUGAGAGGGCUUUGGGUAAACACAUGGCAAAUAUCCAUAAGCAAUUGGUUUUUAAACCUCGCUGAUGCAAAUCGAGCGAAAAUUCUCGAGUUUCAAAAUCUCUUGUCAUUGUAUAUCAAGUCACCUUAUAGUUCUUUGUGUCACCUUGAGCAACUGAUUGGUGAUCUAUUACAAACGGCCUUUAGUUUGGAAUCCAGGUUUUUUGCCAUCAUUCUUCUUGGACAUCUUCCUACUUCGUUUGAUAGUAGGGACAAAACCAUUCGGAAUGUGAUGUCAGGAUUGGAUGGCUCGAAUCUUAUCAGUCUUUUAGAUACGCUGAAUCUGGUACCAAAUGGAACUGUUUAUCCAAAUCUAGACACAACAACAUUGGUGUAUGCUCAAAAAACAGUAAUUCCUCAAAUCAUGCAUGUUUUAAACUCUCGACACUUGUUUGUAUUACUGGCCGCGUCGCAACACCUUGAAUCGUUUGUCAAGUAUGUUGUGCAGACAGAUCAAGUUACUGCACUGCUACUGGCGUCGAUAAAGAGUGGAAGAGAAAUGGAUGCAUUCAAAGUUCUUGACAUGUACUGUGCAUUUCAUGGGUUACAUCACCAGGUGGAUAGCAUUGCAGAGCGGGAUAACACAACAAGGGAGAUUGCAAUGCUGCACUGUUAUGCUGAGACGCAUGCAGAUGAGCUUGGUGAUGAUGCGGAAUGGAUGAUACAGCAAAUGGAUAACAAAAUGGAUAGCGAAACAGAAUAA